ACACUCUGUUUCAUUUGUUCUUUCUUUCAUUCUCACCAGAUAGGUUGUGUAGGUAUUUUGGUCCAUUCAGACAGAGCAGGACUCACCACGGCUUUCUUUUACAUUCUUUUUUGUAUUGUUUAACUAUUGCGCAAUACUAGGUACUUUGUUUAAUAUGUCCAACAUUCAGUAUCAUUCUGUCCCUCUUGACGAGGAGCGCAAAUCCAAGACCCGUCAGGUACGGCGAGAUUCACAUCCGGACUACGAAUCGGCUUCGAACACCCGGACCAAAUCUCAUAGUCACUGGGCAUGGCUUGCCCAUGCCGUGCUACUCUCUAUUUCAAUGACUUUCUUUGCCCUUUCGUUUUGCCUGAGGUCUAGAAACCAUACCGGUCAUGAAUCUUCACUUAACACAACGCUGGUCUCUCCAACCUUCAGGUACGAAACGAAACGGGUCGGAUUAGGUCCAGCAUGGAAGGACUCGUCGUACGCCGGUCAAAGUGGAGAGGCGGAAGAGGCGUGGCGCUCUCUUACACAUACGGGCGAUGUCUUUCUCACAGAAGCGGAGGCCCUGAAACUAGGCGUAUCACCCCAUAUGGUGACGAGCAAGCACCCCGAGACAGGAAAACAGGGGUAUAAAGCAGGCGUUGAAGUGUUUUACCAGCUGCGUUGCCUAAAUCUACUUAGGCAGGAAGCUCGUGGGACGGGCAACACUGAGGCAAACGCAGAUAUUGAUUACUGUGUCGAGCUACUCCGGGAGACUCUUAUGUGCCACAGUGAUGCGGGCAUCUUUCCUGUUAGGAACACCUUCGAGGGCAUAGGGCAAGGGACAGCCAGCGGGCGGCUCGAGUUUGAGGGGAGCCGCACGUGUCGGAGUUUCGAGACGGUAAAGAAAUGGAGCGAUGAACAUGCCGUGAGAAGAGAGUAAGACAAUGCCGAGUCACGAAUGGAUAUUAAUAUAAGCAAUCGCAAUGACCAUCUUUAUUCUGACUGGCACUCGGAUAUCGCAGCCUUCCAUCUUCCAAAGCCUGAAAACGGCGAGUGAAAUAUCGUGGUUUAAGAUAUGACUCCAAGGUCCACACGCGUCGCUACA